GGCUGCAUCAUGGACGACGCAAGCAAUCUGCCGCAGAGUGAGAACACUGCCUUGAACGAUGCAGAAUCUUCUCCCUCUACUUGCAAUGAGGUAGAGACUCAGGAAACCAGACAGUCACGUUUGGCCCGAUCCCUCAAGGACUAUCAGAACAAAUCACCAGAAGAAGUUGCAGCAAUCUUACAACAGUUGCAAGAGAUCGAGGAACAGUACACUCAAAACCAAGCCGAUCUUAGACAUCUUCUAUCCGAACAUGCUCGUCUGCGCACAAGCAUCAUCUAUGAUCAGGAAUCGUACGCCAACAGAAUCAAGGGCAUUCCUUCAACCAUCGAUCUCGACAUGAUAUCUGCAGAAUAA